AUGGACGCACCUCAUCAUGAACAUCCGUAUUUAGUUUACAGCAGAGGUCUGAGGCCGGAGGAUCUUCAGCUCGGCAGUCUCUGCCUUGACCCUACAAAUCCCGUGGAUGAUCCCCGGAAGAUACACCAAUGCUUGAUCAAGAACGCGGAUCUGCUGCCAUGGAUAAGCAGCCCUAGUGAGGAGACCACCUGUGCUUUGAACCUUGAGGUCUCGCGUGAGUGGCUUGCGGGCGCAAACGGCCUCGACUCCAUCACCGAGGAAGCAAAUGAGAACUGCGAUAUUGCGAUCAGGGUCGAAGGCGAGAAAGGAAGACGAGUGCAGAUUGAAAGACCGGAAACGUUCCUCGAGCAAGUGGUUCUACCGUCCGCAGACAUCAAACAAUGGUUAGCCACGCAAUUGACGGUCUCGCGCACGAUGCACUAUCUCAGCCGUGCCAUUUUCGAGACUGCGCGACAACCGCGAAUAUGGCUGGUGACUGGUCUCCAGUACAUCACCAGUGCGCGCAUUGAAGCUGGAUGGUCGCAUUCGCCUCAUGCAUCGAUGGGGAUCCCCGGGCCAAUCCUCGAUCCCACGAUGGCUGCACUGACCGGCUUGAGUGACGUAGGUAACAACAUGAAGAAUCCUCAAAGAUGCACCGAGACGGGAGGAUCGGCGGAUGACGCCACGGGGACGACGAGUAUCUGGGCGGCACAAUUCAUGGAAUUGAAGUUGGGAUUUCGCCCUCAUAAGAUGAACGACACCAAGCUUCCGGAGGAGAUUCAGCUUCACAAGUUUGGUCAGCUAGGCGGAAUGGGACAGAAAGAUCAUGAACCCGUUCCCAGCCAGGAGAUUGCCAGAGUUGAGGGAUUGGCGGCGGAAAGUGCGGGAGGGGUACGAGAUCGGCAGGAGCAAAUGCCCCCAGUUAAGGUUGUCACUUUCCUUGGAAUGGAAUGUGAAGAUCGUAUACUCUAUGAAGAGUUAUUAGAUCAAGUCGAAAGCCGGAUGGGGAGAAGAUGA